CUUAAUAGCCAAACUAAUCAGACGGAUUUCUGCUCUUCAAACUAAAUCUGGUUAACUCUUCUUCAAAUAUUUACUCUCUCCAAUUGAAGACUCAAAAUUUCACGCAAAAUCCUUAUAUUAUACACUGAAAAAGGGGAAAAAAUCAUCCCUGAAAAUCUAAUUAUAUAGAGAGAGUCAGAUAUUAAUUGGAGCAAACAGCUUAGCUUUGAGGCGGAUCAGCAAUGGAAACCACGCAAGGUGGAACGGAGAGAGAGAAAUCCAACUCGGCUUCUUCGGCUCCCGUUCCCGCUGUCGCCAGCUUCUGGAAAGAUUUUGAUCUGGAGAAAGAACGAGCCAUUCUGGAUGAACAAGGGCUUAGGAUUGCUGAGAAUCAGGAGAACAGUCAGAAAAAUCGUCGAAAGCUUGCUGAGAGUACUAGAGACUUCAAGAAAGCUUCAAAUGAAGAUAAGUUGAGUUUGUUUAACUCUUUACUCAAGGGAUAUCAAGAAGAAGUUGAUAAUCUUACCAAGAGGGCGAAAUUUGGAGAAAAUUCAUUUCUUAACAUUUAUCAGAAGCUUUAUGAAGCACCAGAUCCUUAUCCAGUUCUUGCUUCAAUAGCAGAGAAAGACUCAAAGCUGUCUGAACUAGAAUCAGAGAACCGAAAGAUGAAGGUUGAGCUUGAGGAAUUCCGCACAGAGGCAACUCAUCUGAAAAACCAACAGGCAACCAUACGAAGACUUGAAGAGCGGACCCGCCAGUUAGAACAACAGAUGGAAGAAAAAGUAAAAGAAAUCGUGGAGAUCAAGCAACGUAGUUUGGCAGAAGAGAAUCAAAAAACUAUGGAGGUUUUGAAGGAAAGGGAGCGGAUGUUACAAGAUCAAUUACGCCAAGCCCAAGACAGUGUCUCUACCAUGCAAAAGUUGCAUGAACUUGCACAGAGCCAGUUGUUUGAAGUUCGUGCACAAUCAGAGGAAGAGAGAGCAGCAAAACAAUCAGAAGUCAAUCUCUUGAUGGAUGAAGUUGAACGUGCACAAUCUCGGCUUCUUAGUCUUGAGAGGGAGAAGGGAUUGUUACAGUCACAGUUACAAAUAUCAAAUGAAGAUAAUGAGCAGAAGAAAAGUGACAGUCUGGACGUGCAUAGCAUGCUUGAGAAUUCUCUUAGUGCCAAGGAAAAGAUAAUCUCUGAAUUAAAUAUGGAACUUCACAACCUUGAAACCACCUUAGCAAAUGAGCGAGAGCAGCACAUAAAUGAAAUGAAGAGAUUGAAUACUAAGCUUCAUGAGAAGGAAACUAUUUUGGAGGAGAUGAAAAAGGAGCUUCAGGCAAGGCCAACAGAAAAGUUAGUUGAUGACUUGCGGAAAAAGGUCAAAAUCUUGCAGGCUGUGGGCUAUAAUUCUAUUGAGGCUGAAGAUUGGGAAGUAGCUACCACUGGAGAAGAGAUGAGCAAACUCGAGUCGCUACUGCUUGACAAGAACCGGAAAAUGGAGCACGAACUUACUCAGUUGAAGGUCAAGCUUUCAGAAAAGACAUCUUUGUUGGAAGCAGCUGAAGCCGAGAGAGAAGAAUUAACUGCAAAGGUCAAUGAACAACAACGGCUAAUACAGAAAUUAGAGGAUGAUAUACUAAAGGGUUAUGGUUCAAAAGAUACAAAGGGAACUUUAUUUGAAGAUUGGGAUCUAUCGGAAUCUGGAGGGUCACAACCAUCUGAGAACACGGAACAAAGACAUGUUUCCUCAGAUCAAGAUCAAAGUUCGAUGCUUAAGGUGAUCUGCAAUCAACGAGACCGUUUCCGGGCACGCUUGAGAGAGACUGAAGAGGAAAUAAGACAGCUGAAGGAGAAGAUAGGGAUGCUAAAUGCUGAACUUGAGAAAACAAAAGCAGAUAAUGUUAAACUCUAUGGGAAAAUUCGUUAUGUUCAGGAUUAUAAUUCUGAAAAAGUAAUUUCAAGAGGAUCAAAGAAGUAUGCCGAGGAUUUGGAAGGUGGUUUCAGCUCUGAUGUGGAAUCGAAGUAUAAGAAGAUUUAUGAAGACGAUAUAAAUCCUUUUGCAGCAUUCUCAAAGAAGGAAAGAGAUCAAAGGUACAAGGAACUGGGCUUAAGGGAUAAAAUUACUCUUAGCAGCGGACGGUUUCUUCUCGGUAACAAAUAUGCUCGAACCUUUGCAUUCUUCUAUACGAUUGGGUUGCACGUAUUAGUCUUCACUUGUCUGUAUAGGAUGUCAGCAUAUAGCCACCUGAGCAAUGGUCCUGAGGAAUCACUGCUUGGAGAUAAAAACAUAAAUCUUCCUCACGCAUUAUAGUCCUUUUUGAUACUUGUUCUCGAUUCUCUUAUUGCCUGUUGGAUGGUUCUUUUUUUGUUUAAAUUCAAUUGUAGACAUAGAAAGCUGGUUGAUGUAAGUAUUUUUACGCGGUGUAAAUAGGGAUACUGAGACGGCACUUUUAUUCUCCCGCAUUGGGUAAGAGUACAUUUUCCCCUUUCCA